ACUCAUUGUUGAACCACAGAAAAGUAAAGUUCAACUCGAGUCUCGAGUUGGUGCAUCGUUGUGGCAUUUGGUUUUUAUUGUGCUGUAAAUAAAAAAGGGAUUCCUCACAAUUUAACGGGACUUUCUGUGUGUGUGCCCUUCUGAAAAGUGGUUCAAGUUCAAGGGCUCACUCUCCCCAGUCCUUAGUCACUCUUGGUCCUUGGUCGAGAUCAGUAAUCGACUGGUAAAGUAGAACGUAAAAUGUCCUGGAUCACAUUUUGCUCCCUCUUUCUCACCCUCGCCCUCUUCCUCACCGUCCUCGGGGAUGAAUGCACUUGGCGAUUCCGCUCCCACCCCGAAGAUUGUGGGUCUUUUCUGGUUUGCGACUACGGUGCCCCUGUCCUGCAACGCUGUCCGAGAGGUCUCCACUGGAAUCAACGCAUCCAAACGUGCGACUGGACACGGAAUGCGAGAUGUGUGAGCAUCGGUGACCAUCACGAUAAUUCGAUCCAUGGAGAAACUCUGCUGGAUCGAGUUUCGGCAGACGAUUCUUGCAACGAGCUAGAAUUUCGUCCUCACGAAUCCGACUGUUCGAGUUAUUACGUGUGCAACCAUGGUUCACUUUUGGAGAUGAAGUGUACCCAACCGCUUGUAUGGAAUCCAAAGAUAAAUUCGUGCGACUGGCCAGGAAAUGUGCCUUCUUGCUCGUCAGACGGAGGGGGAAGUGGUCCAAUCCCACCACCAACGACCAGCACCUUGUCACCAGCCUGGGUUACACCCUCCACCGUCGGACCACCCGCCCCACCCCCGGAAGAAGAGACUGGUGGAGGUCCACCAGCACCACCCCCAACUCGACCACCAAGACCAACCACAACCACGCAGGGAAGUGGUGAAGGUGGCGACUCUACGAUUGUUGGGAUCAUCACGGGACCAUCAGAUUCAGAUCCAGAGUUUGAUUCGGACGUGAAUAUUCCUGACCCAGACUACAAAGUUGUUUGCUACUACACCGGAUGGUCUUGGUAUCGUCCAGGAGAGGGCAAAUUUGGACCUCAGAACGUCAUCCCUGAUCUUUGCACCCAUUACGUUUACGCCUUCGCUGUCCUGGAUUCCAAUACAUGGACAAUAAAACCAGCCGAUUCUUGGGUCGAUAUUGACAACAAAUUCUACUCGCAAAUGACAGCUUUGAAGGCACAAGGGAGAAAAGUGAGCAUUGCGCUGGGUGGCUGGAAUGACUCCGAGGGACAAAAAUAUUCUCUUCUGUUACGAGACCCCGCAAAAAUUCAGUCCUUGAUAAAUUCUGUCGUCGAGUUUUGCAAGACGCAUGACUUUGACGGGAUCGACUUGGAUUACGAGUACCCCGUUUGUCCUCAUGGGGAAUGUCACGAUGAUUUCAAAACGGACCGUAACGGGUUUACAAUCUUGGUGAAGGGUUUGAGAGCUGCGUUACCACCGGGCUCUCUCAUUUCAGCCGCUGUUUCGGCCAAUAGAGAAAUUAUUGAUAAAGCCUACGACGUCUUGACCAUGGCUGAAACUCUCAACUGGAUUGGCGUCAUGGAUUACGAUAUCCAUGGCUCGUGGGAGAAGCAGACAGGUCACAUCGCACCCCUCUACCACCACCCCGACGACACAAAGGACUACUUGAAUGUGAACUAUUCCAUUCACCACUGGAUUGAGAAGGGGGCUCCUCCAUCAAAACUGGUGAUGGGUGUGCCCUUGUACGGCCAAGCGUUCACCUUGCAGGACUCCGCCAGCAAGCACCUCAACGCGCCAGCAAGAGGGCCUGGAACGCCUGGAAAAUUUUCGAGACAAGGGGGGAUUUUGGCCUACUAUGAAAUCUGCAGUGAUACAUGGCCCGAUCGUGUCGAUGAUCCGGAAGGGCGGAUGGGUCCAUUUCUCGUGAAAGGAGACCAGUGGGUGUCCUACGACGAUGUGGACUUCAUCAAGACGAAGAUGGCCUACGUGAAGCAACUCGGUCUUGGCGGCGCAAUGGCGUGGGCCCUUGAUUUUGAUGAUUUUAAUAACAAGUGUGGCCAUGGAAGGUAUCCUUUGAUAAAAGCGAUGAAAAAUGGGUUGUCAACAAAGGGAAAUAAGGAUGAUGGGAUAUAUUAAUAUUAGACAACACAUAAAAAAUCCACCUUGUAAAUGUAACAAUUUUAAUUUAUUUACCAGUGAUUCCAAUAAUCCUUAAAACAGCUAAUAUACAUAAUAAAAACGAUUCAGUUGAAUCCUUAUAUAACUAUUUAAUUCCAUUACGCAACUAUGCAGUUAUAUUUAAUUAA